GUCAAUUAACCUGCCAUGAACCAGUUAACCUUUGUCAGCUGCCUUUUCCUCUGGUCGACUGUUCAAGCCGCCUUCCAGGACUUUGUGAUAGGUCCUGAGUCUUACGAAGGUGACCACGAACUGUCCACAGACAGACAGGAUUUAUUUGAGGAGAAUUUGGGUGAGGAUAUCAUGAUCUCUUUGCAAGAUGUACAGCAUGACGGUAUUGUGGAUACCAAUCUGCUGAUGAAAGCUGUAAUGCAACAUGCCAAACGUUUGGGCAUGAGUUUGGAUGAACUAGCCAACAUAAAUAUGGAGGGAGAAGGAGAUGAAUCUAUGAACCAGUUGGGCUGUUCAUCUGGGCAAGAAGUCUUUGGAUACCAAGAAAAACCCACCUGGCGGGAUGUUCUGUUUAACUGA